UAGUUUACGACUUUUAUGCGAUAAGAAUAAUAAAUAAGGCAUUUUAUGUUCUUCAAACAUGACUGCCCAGUUGAUUAUAUUUUCUAUUUUGUUCUUAUGUAUAAAAGAGGACGCAACAAGUCAAUUUCAAAGCCUUGACAAAAAGUUUCAUUUGGUAUCUGAAUCGUAUCAUAUGGCCAAAACUUUAUUUAUACAAGGAAGAAAUAAUUACGAUCAGCUAAAAGAGAGAUCAUUAAAUACCACGAAUAUGUUCCUUGACUUAGUUGAAAUGUUAAACGAUUUAAUGGCAAAAGAAUUAAGAAGUGCCGUUGUCAAAUUUUAUAAAGUAAAAUUUUUACACGAUUUCUCAAACUAUAUUAUACAUAUGGAAGAGAUAAUUGAUAUAGUGGAUCACUGUCUCAUAGAACCUGUUGAGAAAAUAAAAUUCAUAAGAAACCAAUUUUAUGUGUUGAUAAAAAAUUUUGAAGACGUGAGACAUUUUGAUACAGUCGAUUUAUGCCACAAUGAAUUACCCGAUGAAGUUGCUGUAGUUCACUGUAUACUUCAUCAAGCUGUUUUGUUAAAUGAAACUAUGCAAAAUGAUCUAGUUUCUGUUGUGGAGUUUAAAACAAAACAGUGUGCACAAGACGUUAAUUCAACUUUAUACGCGGUGCAAGAGUGUCUCCACCAGUUUGUUCCUAAUUUCUUUGAUCAACUUCUUGUCGAUGCCUAUUCAGAAAACUGUGAAUAUUUAAAAGUAGUUAACGCUUCAAUGUAUGAUUUUACAACAGACACGUGGCGAAACAGCUAUCAGGCGUUAUUUCCCCAGAAAUGGGGAAAUUUCGUUAAUAUCCUAAAGACAAAGUUGAAAUCAGCAAAUGAAAACAUACAAGAGCCUCUUUAUAUGACUCUUUUUUCUGCUAAUAUUUCAUCACAUGAUAUCGUUAAAGCUCUUUACAUAUAAACAUGUAUAGAACGUCUUUUAAUAUCGCGUAUAGAAUCAUAUUAAUUCAAUAUGGUUCGUAAGUAUAUCAUACCUACUAAAAAUCAAAAUAUAUCGCCCUGGUUGAAAGGAAACAAUUGCUUCAUUAUGAUUGCUAUACGGCUUACGAUAAGAAAAGAGACGAGACUUACCGCUAAGUCUUUUUAUUGAAUCUUAUCCUUGUCUUCAAAUAAUUUCAGAGGCAAGCUAUUACUAUUUACUGCUGCGCAAGUUUUUGUAAAGUGUAUACUUAUAAGCGUCAGUAAAAAAGGUUAAGUAUUCUCAAUUUAAAUUUACGGCCCGUUCUUAAAUCAAGGGCGUGUAACGGACAAAGAACUGGCAAAUAUUCUCCGUCGCUCUUUUAAACCGCUUUUUUUUACAAAAUGUAUGUAUGACAUUUUGAAAUAUUGGGGAGCAUGACGGUUCUGGGACUGUGAGGUUGAUCAGAUAAAUAAAAAAUGUUCAUAAAAUAAUUGAUCAUGGUUUUCUUGGGGACUUCCCCGUAAUAGCCCAGAUCCCCACAAAUUCAUGAUCCACCCAUGUCAUGCCAUGCCUAUGUAGUAUAUUCAUUAUCUAGUAACAGACGAUCCGAGUGAGGAAAUGGAACGACCAUUUACAUUAAUCUUUUGAAUUUUACCGCUCAGAAUACUGUAAGCUUUUCCGCUAAUGCAAUAGUGUUGAUGUUUAUUGACAAGGAUUUCGUGAUGGACACAAUCAAAAGCCUUUGAUAAAUCGUAACAAUUGUGAAUCAGUAAAACCAUUCUGCAACUUUGCAAAAGAUUAUGAUUAUUAAAGUGGGUCAUUGAGUUUAAUUGCUCAAGCAUUAUUUCAUAAAAUAUUUAAACAAUGCAGGCAGCAUAGAUACGGAUCAAAAUAUUUAUCCUAAGUUUAUUAUUUAUAUGUUUACUCUCAGUUUAUGAGAUUAGAUAACGUGUAUAAAACUGUAGAUAAAGAGGUAUCCCAGUCUUGUUAUAUUAAAGUGUUUGUUUUUUAAAGCUUCACUAAGCAAUAGUUUAAGAAACUUAUUAGAGGCUACUAUUUAUCUGUGAUAAUUAUUCAUAAUUAUCAUUUUUGUAUUAUGUUUUUACCAGUGUUGAGAAUAGAGCUAUUGUGAGAAUGUCUACAUUAUUCUAACGAUUAAUUUAAACGUUACGUAAUAUACAGGACUCAGGAGUCAUUCGGUUUUCAGAAUCUCACCCUAAGUUACAACAAAGUCAAACUCGACAAUCGUCAAUCACUAAAAGUUCAGUUCUAUAUAAUAUAGUCAUCUGAAUCUCCAUUUAAGUUUAAAGUGAGGUCAGAGGUGCGACAAUGAUGACAGUUUACAUUGCUGUUUUUUCCUGAUGGUGACGCCUCGCUUACUUCAAAGUUCAAACUUCAAAAGCUAAAAUUUCAAAACAAUGUGUUGU